AUGUGCACGCCGUGCAACCGCACGUAUCACGGCCGCGAGGGACACACGUACAAGCUGGACCUGCCGAGACCCGCCGAGGAACGCCUGCCGUUCCUCUGUCAUCUGACGUUCACCGCGGCCGGCCAGGGUUACGGCGAGCUGGUCCAACUACUGUGGGACGCGUUCAGCGUCGGUCGCGUCGACGCCAACGCCGACAACUACUUCACCAGCUGUCCCGAGGGCUCGCUUCAGCUCGCCGAACUCGGUAGGCACUUCACCGGCGGCUCGUGGUGCGGCGUCAGCGAGGGUCGCGCGUCCUACUACAGCGAAACCAGUACGGUCACUGCCUCUAUACGACUGUUCCAUGCACCGUCCGCGGUGCCGUUCGAGUUUCGUCUCCGUUACCGCUUCGUCGCGCGCAACGAGGCGGUCGCCCGACUGGGCAAGCCGGAACUGCCGAUCGAGCGGGGCUCCCCGGUGCCAGGCACAUACUGCUCCCGCAACUUCUACGAGUGCCACCUGAAGCAAUGUCGGUUGCAGAGUCCAAACUAUCCGGGCGAGUAUCCGCGAAACGCAAGCUGCCUCAUCACCGUGCGGCAGAAAGAGGUGCCCACGUGCAAGCACGCCAUGAUAUCCGUCAAGAGCACGCUUUCCGGGCCGGCUGGCCUCAGCGCUACCGCCAACACGAGUCUGAACGUCUGGCAGGACUGCUCCCCCGAGAGGGACCGUCUCAUCUUCCGCGACGGUGCGCGCACGGAGGACCCGGUCCUGCUGGUGUACUGCGGCGGCCCGCUACCGCAGGUGACCGCGCGCGGACCCGCCAUGCAGGUGGAAUUCCGCAGCUCGCCGGUCGCGAUUCCGCUGGGCGCGUCGUCGCUGCGACUGGAGCUCGAGCUACGCGUCAUCUACGUCGACUCGGACGGGCUGGAUUACGCCAAGGGCCCGCAAGGCUGCCACUUCUUCGUCAACGGCACCGGCGUCGGCAGCAAGCGGAGUGGCACGAUACGCGCACCUUUGCACGCGCUACCACCCGGUUCCAGCUGCACGUGGAACAUCAAGGGCGCAACCGGCGACCGCAUAUGGAUAUACUUCUCGUCGUAUUCGCAGCGCGAUCUCACCGGCAACAACGAGAACAACGCGAGCGCCGGUCAACUAACGCCGGACAUCUCCGCGGCGUCGGUAUGCGCGGCUAGACUCGUCUUCUGGGACGGCGCGCCGAACACGGGUCAGCCGAUGGCCACGCUGUGCGACGACACGCCCAAACUCUGCGCCCAUGCGGCUCUUCGUAAUGUUACCAGGAGCACCAGGCCGUGUACCGAGGAGGAAAGCUACCUGACGACCGCGCCGAGCCUGACGCUGCGUAUGGAAACUGUUCUGGGUACCGCUCUCCAUCCGAUUAACUUUCACGCGCGAUACGAGUUCGUCUCCACCGUUCAGACCGGCGAACCCUGGGGCGACGGCAAUUGCAGCCGGGUGUGGCGCAAGGUGCACGCUGGCGAAGUGAUGUCACCGCGCGACGUACGUCUGUUCGGCCGCGGUGGUGCCAGCAAGUUGGAUUGCAGAUAUCGCGUGGAAGCUGGGAGCGGGGAACGAGUCCGUUUGACGCUGCACAAUGUCAGUCUCGGCGAGUCCACCAUGUGCACGAGCGAUUCAGACCCACACACCGGUAAACCGCGCUGCGUGCAGGAGAUUGGCUCUAGGGAUGCGCGUUUGGUCAUUUACGAGGCGCCAUGGCGGGACGUGAGGCUACCCCGGGCAUGCCUAUGCGACAACACGUCACAUUUACCGCUCACGUACAUCACCUCUGGGCGUGCGCUGGAGAUAACAUUCUUGGUGGACCAGCAAGCGCCCCACGAAGACUUUGAGACGCUCUUCUUCUACGCCAGCUUCGAGCUCAUCCGCGUGCCAGAGUGUCCGAGAAAGCAGCGGAUCCGUGGUGAGGGUGGCGAACUGAGAUUCGUCAGUCCUCCACUGUCGAGACCGGACAUCUAUUGCGACGGUCUACCGUGGCUGGUGGAGGCGCGCGAGAACCGGUCGCUCUUCGUCUUGACCUGGGGCUGGUUUCUGCCGCUGGAACCUCCACCGCUCCCCGGCCCCGAGACGUCUGGUGGCGUGAGCACUAGCGGCGGCGGCAGUAGCAGUGGUAGUGGCAUUGGGGGUGGUAUCAGCGUGACCGGUGGCAGCGAUCAGAUCAAGUGCCCGACCACCAAUCGCAUCCUCCUGUAUUCUGGCUGGCCGCCGAAAUUGCUGAAGGUGGUGUGCCCGGCGGAACCGGGUGCCCGCGAAUUCACCGUACACGUGUUCUCACAGGAAUGGCUAGGCCCGACGGAAGAGGGUAAGUGGCCGGGUCCACCGAGGCCACCCGCAUUACUCUUGGACUUUGUGGCCCGGGAACCCGGCCAGGCGGCUGCCUCCUGGCUGGAGAUCUCCAAGAGCCGCGCGGCGCUGCGCCGGCAGCUGCGUCUUCCGGAGAGAAUCGCGGGCGGAAUGAUAGAAAACGAGACGAACGGCGUGCCGUCGUACAUCGGUGACUGCCCGCACAAGUGUCCCGAGCUGGGCGCGUGCAUCGCCGCCAGUCUCUGGUGCGACGGCCACGCGCACUGCCCGUCCGGUCACGACGAGGCCAACUGCGGGAACGGCGCGCGGCUGCUCGGACUCCUCCCGCCCAUCACGUGGCUCGUCGUCGCCGGCGUCGCUGGAAUUGUCACUGCCUUCGCGUGCCUAUUCACUAUUCUUAUUAACAGAUCCAAAGCUCGCGCAAAGAGACUUCACUACAAGGGGCCGAAAAAGAGCAAGAAGCCGCGACGUGCACCGACCGAGGAGACACUUCUUGGGGCGGCGUCCUGACAACAGCCGCCCGGUUUCGUGGAGUACAUUCACGUGGACCGGGAAACGACUGUCUAGCGAUGCUAAUUCUGUGCUUCACCGUCCAAUGACUCAACAGAUCCUCCCCCGUGGUGCCAUAUAUAAUUGCGCAGCGGGUGGCGAGAUUCCUCGAAGCUUCGCCACGCGCUUCUUCCUUUCUUCAUUAAUUUUCCUCUUCCGAGGACGUUUGUCCUCGUGUCUGCCUGCGUUGAUUCGCGCGAGUCGAGUCGAAUCGAAAAGGAUCUAUUCAUCGAAUGUCUUCUGUUCGCGAGAUAUUAUAUAUUAGUGAUGUAUAUACUUAUUUGUGAUAUAUGUAUUUAAUUACAGUUACGCGCUGUGUAAGCUGUGUUACCUCUAUACACACAUACACAUACACACUCGCAUACAUACAUACAUGCAUGUACGCGUGUACACGAAUCUCUCGACUUAGGUGUAGUUUUAAACGUGUCUCGACGGACGGAAAGUAAAUCCCGUGGAGCUAUGCGGCACUCGGGCGAAGUCUACCUUUCAAACGCUAUUAUUACCUGACGAUAUCCUAAUUCGCGUGUUCUCAUAUAGUGAUAAUUAUUUUAGAAACUAGAAGACAAAGAGAGAGAAAGAGAGGUCGCGUAUCUCUCGUGGAUUAUUCUAACAAAAGAUAUACAUAUAUAUAUAUAUAUAUAUACAUAUAAAAUAGAUUAGAGCCGAAAACAAAAGUGCGUUUUACGAGUAAGAUCAUAUAUUUCAGAAUUAUAUGGAUAACGAGACUAAUUGAAUAAUGUUGAGAUAUAAAGUGUGUAGCUACAGAUGAAGAUAACAGGUCAGGGUUCGUAGAAUAGUACAUGUAUAGAAGGACGCUCCGCCACGCGAGAACCCGCGGUUUCGCGGCGGAACUUGACAAACAAAUAUACUGCCUUUUUCGCACGUGGGAUUGUUCGGAUGGAAAUUGCAUUAAAACCUUUGCGUCUUUUGAUUCAAGUCCUAGAUAUCGCGUACACAGAAUUCAUUUCACCUCCGUAUCUUCCAAAAUAUGCGUAUGUGUCACUUUUACAUAUUCCUAUAAAAAUAUAUAUAUAUUAUUUUUAUAUAUUAUUAAAUGUAUAUUAAUAUUACCAAUUGUUAUUCGGCAUUCACAAAUUGAUUCACAAUGAUCUCCGUCGCAUUGAAGAUGCGUCGAAUCCAGUGUCUAGAUAAAUUAAUUUAUUUAUUUAUUUAACAUAUACGCGAGCGAUGUUUGUAUAAUAUAUUGAUAAUAUAGACUGUAAGAAAGAAAGAAAUUACACACAGGAGGAAAGUCUAAAGUCGCAUUCGCGCCCCGCAAGGUCAUAUUCAGAAGCAAUAUUCUAAAGCGGUGAGAGAACAACGGCUCACGAGGUCAGAUUCGAUACCUUUGCUCUGCCAGUAUUCCGAAAGAACAAAAUACUAUUACGAUACAGGUACUAUAGAGAUAUAUUACAUAACGAUAUUCGGAGAAAGUAAUCUCUGGCUGGAUCAUCGGCUCACUCAUUCCGACUUUUGCUCCGACUUUUUCCCCCAAGUAGUUUCUCGAAGAACCUUGUACAUAUAAUCUCCGAUAUGCAUGUAUAUAUUACGGAGGGUUUUUCAAACAUCUAUUGACAAGCUUCCGGAGCGGAGAGACUCUCGUCGAGGGGAACAUUUCCCGUUGCUUACGUUUUCCACAUUGUCCACCUUUCCUCAGUCAUUGGUUCGCAGGAAUCUGCUUUCGACGCUCCAACGUUGUGGAAGCUUGCCAAGGGAUUCUGAAUAUCUUCUAUAAUAUUAAUUUUAUACUAUGUAUACAUAGCGAUACACGUAAUGAGGCGUAACGUAUUACAUAUGCGUACAUACGGGGUGGCCUGAACUGGUCUUUUUAAGGGUGGCUUCGACCGAGAUCCGAUCAACUCGAUCAUUCAACCGGCAGAAUUGCUUAAGGCAAAUAAAUAGGUAUAAUUCGUUGUCCCUAACUUUUUUUCUUUACAUGCCAAACGAGAAAAAAUGGUUACAAUCCUGUUUAUAAAAUAGUUGGAAAAAUUAUCAAGUCUAUCCACGAAAUAACACGAGAUAUCGCGCUAUAAAUGUCGAUUGAUUGUUGAUUGGAGUUCAGUCCAGGCCUUCCCGAACCGUUCUGUUGAACGAACCGGGUCGCUUCGUCUGAUGGUGCAUUCCAGGUACUGGUAGAUCGUAGCUCAAUGAAAGACAGAGCGGACUAAUUGUAAGACGAAAGACGUUUAAUCGAUCAAAUUCUAAUGUUCAGUUUGCACUGCCCGUACCACUCGGCAGUCUCGGCACUGAUAUACGCCGAAGACUACUGUACGUGUAGCUAUAUUUAAUGGUAAAGACACAAUGUAAACAUAUUGAACCGAUAAAAUAGAGAACGUUGCAUUUUUAGCGGAAUAUGUAUUGGAUAUUUUACCGAACGAAGAAAACCAAAGUGCUCGCGUGGCGCUUUUAUAUACAAUACAUGGAUCUCUUUAUGUGUACAGCGGUUUUCACAGCGUCAAACUGGAUGGUUCGUUCUUUGUAGCUCAACUCCUUUUGUACUUGUUAUCUCUGCCCUCUUUUUUUUCUCUCUCUUUAACGUCACGUGCCUAUUUCAUUUUGAAUGCAGAAGGUAUAAAACAUGGCGCGGCUACAAGGGACAGACCUCAGGCUUGUUGGUUGCAGCUGAAUCCUUAGUAUUUUCUAGCCUUCCACUUUUCAUUCUUAACGAUUAUAUAUCUGUUACAUUUUCAACCAAGAAAAUAUAAUGUAGCACAGCUACUAUACGAAGAGCAGACUUGCUGCCCGCCGAAUUCGCUAAUAUGGGCUUUACGCAAGUGUAUAUAUGCAUAUACAUAGUUAUAAUUAAGGUAGACGAUAGAGAAAGAGGGGGGAGUGAAGAGAGAGAGAGAGAGAGAGAGAGAGAGGAGAGGAAAGAAUUGUGCACCGGACCAGUAGAGAGAGAGAGCAUUAGCGGAAACAUAAAGUCGCUCAAACUUUGUUCGUUAUGAAAAAAAUCGCAGAGUGCUGCGGUAUUAUGCGAAGCCACGUAAAAGCACUGUGCCACUCGUGUAUACACACAAAUUUCAAUAAAAGCGACAGCUCUUGUCUUGUAGGAAA